GGUAAAGAUGGCGGAAACGGAGGAUCGAGAUGCCAGUGGAAACAGGCAGCUGUUUGCAGGUUUGUCAGAUAUAUCCAUAUCAGGAGAUAUUCCAGUGGAGGGGGAAAUCACUGUGCCUAUGGCCUCUCAGUCACAGGAGGAAGAUUACUCUACAUUAGAUGAACCUGUCAAGGAGACCAUAAUGCGGGACCUAAAGGCUUUUGGCAAGAAGUUCAUACAUGUUAUGUAUCCAAAAAAGAGCACUGCACUGCUCAGAGACUGGGAUUUAUGGGGCCCAUUGGUGCUCUGUGUAUCACUUGCCCUAAUGCUCCAGGGCAGUUCAGCUAACAGCAAUGACGAUGGAGGACCACAGUUUGCAGAGGUCUUUGUUGUCAUUUGGUUUGGCGCCGUGGUCAUCACUUUAAAUUCAAAGCUUCUAGGCGGCACAAUCUCUUUUUUCCAGAGUCUGUGUGUGUUGGGUUCCUGUAUCCUGCCUCUCACUGUGGCAAUGCUAGUAUGCAGACUAGUGUUUCUUGGGGGCAUGAACACAGUGACUUUCGUUAUACGACUGGUCGUAGUGUCUCUUAUGUUAGCUUGGUCCACCUUUGCCUCCACAGCAUUCUUAGCAGACAGUCAACCUCCCAAUCGCAGGGCACUUGCAGUUUAUCCAAUAUUCCUCUUUUACUUUGUAAUCAGCUGGAUGAUUCUGACCUUCAGUCCUUGAGCUACAGUAAAUACACCAGGUCAUAAGCUUGGACUAGUUUGGAUCUACCAGCACAUGGAAGGAUUGUAUAACUGUAUUUGGACAUUUUUCCAAAACACUGGAGUUAGUCAACUCUGUGUGAGUGAGCUGCAGUACAGGAAGACCGUACGUGUGUCCAAGCAGUUGUUAGUUUAACUUAUAUAUAACCCUGCACUAUAUAGAAGACUCUACAUGUUUUCACAUACUUCUGUAAAUAAACGUGAUGCUAGCGUUAUGUCCCUGUACUGGAAGGGG